CGUGCGCGCGCCUGUCCGGGGCAGGAGGCGGCCCUCGGCGGGGGCAGCGGCGGCGGCGCGGAGCGAGGGGCCGCCGCCCUCACCUCCGGCGCCUCGACGGGCCCUCAAGGCUCCCCCGCCCCAGCCACGGGCAGGUGAGCCCGGAACUGGCGAGGCCCCUCAGGUACAAGCCCCACGUUAAGAUGGAGCCCACGGCCUCAGCCGUCUUCUGCAGCCGGGUCCUUGGCAUGGUCAACUCGGAGGAUGUGAACGCCAUCAUCCUGGCUCAAAAGAACAUGCUGGACCGAUUUGAGAAAACCAACGAGAUGCUGCUCAACUUCAAUAACCUGUCUGGUGUCCGCAUGCAACAGAUGAGCGAGCAGUUCCUGCACCACACCCGGACCUUAGUGGAGAUGAAGAAAGAUCUGGACAGCAUCUUCCGGAGAAUCAGGACGCUGAAAGGGAAGCUCGCGAAACAGUAUCCAGAGGCAUUUAGUAAUAUCCACGAAUCUCCCAUCCUAGAAGACGACGACUUCGACCCGAUCCCCAAAAGCACCGCCACCACCAUUGCUACCUCGGAGCAGAGCACGGAGUCCUGUGACACCAGCCCGGACAUCAUCUCCCCUGCCACCAGCCACGACUUUGAGGACCUUUCCCAGGGGCCGUACGACUCGCCGGCGGUGAAUGGGCAGAGCAUCACAGACGAAGACAACGAGACGGACUAGUCUCUGCAGUGAAGCUCUCGUGUGGGGCGAACCGAUGCGCCGUCUUGUCCCCUGCUUGCUUCUGGACUUGCAAACUGGCGACCCCCUUCUUUUUUAAAAAAACAAAACAAACACCAA